AUGAUAUCGGACCUUCCAACGGAUGUGGCAGAGGAUGUUCUCUCUAGGCUUCCGGUGACAUCUCUGGUAGGAGUACGAUUUGCUUGUAAAAAGUGGAACACUUUAACCAAAGAUGAGGGGUUUAUAAAGAAGCGCCUCGGUAAGAAUCAGUGGAGGAAGGUGGUGAUGCUGCUGGACUAUAAGGUUUAUUUAAUGAACGUCGAUCUCCUCACUCCAUCUUCUUUAGAGCGUAUAGUUGUUGUUGAUGUCAACCCUGACUGGAGUAUAGAGUUUUAUCAACGUGGCGUGUCUCUAAAGGGCAACACUUGCUGGUUUGCUGAAGAGAAGCUUGUCGAUGUAGCUCCAGGAACAGAGAUAUCAGAUCUCCGUGAUUUCUUACUUUGUUUUGAUUUUACAAAAGAGAGGUUUGGGCCGCGUCUGCCUCUGCCUUUUCACUCCUUCGGAGACAUAGUGACCCUCUCUAGUGUUGGAGAAGAGAAGCUUGCUGUGUUAUUUCAGAAACAAGGUUUGCCUCCAUACACGGUCAAGAUUUGGAUUAGUAGUAGCAAGAUCGAGCCCGAUGCAGUGUCGUGGAACAAGCUGUUCCUAAGUGUUGAUAUGAAACCACUCACGGGUUUCCUGUUUCUUGACAACGGUGGGAGUUUCUUCGUUGACGAAGACGAGGAGGUGGCAGUGGUUCUUGAUAAAGCCAGAGGUAAGUUUCGCCUCACUCACAACAUUGCUUGCAUCAUUGGUAAAAAUGGACACUUCAAACAAGUGGAUCUCGGAGAACGCGCAGAUCCUUCUCUUAAGCUCCCCACAAAUAUCCCAGUUGUGUGCUCUUAUGUUCCUAGCUCUGUAGACAUCAUGUAAACUGCACACCAGUAUCUAUUAAAUCUGCCGCUGUCCGUUUUCUUACCCUUUUUUUUUUAUCAGUUAUCUGGUCUCUGAACUUGAUGGCCUAUGCUUUCUUCGCUUUUGUUCAUCUUAUUUAUAUUUUCAAUCAAAUACUCGUGUUGUGAACUUGUAUGGCUUCUUCCACCAUGUAUUUGAUAUCCUUUGCACCUUAAGACUUUUGUUUAAUUUUAGGGAUUCAACAAUGUAAUGUUUACUGGGUCACUAUUCUUCUUUAGAGCUUAACCUUACUGCACAUCAUCAUCUCCUAAGAUACAUGCAUGGUUCCAGUUAAGCAAAAUUAUACGUGUAGACAACUAGAAUAACGUAUGCCACUAAAAAUUGAGUUUGUAUUUUUGUUCUUUACAAAGCAUGCCAUUAUUCACCCUUCCAAGUAGAAAAAAAGUUCCAGAUGCUAGCACAUCUACCUGAGAUGGAUGUAAUUUGAUAUUCAUAUGUAAAAGAAUGUUCUUAAAAGCUUGAAACAUGUCUUUGACUUAUCAGCUCUGAUCAUGUCAUGGAGGAGAUGAGCUAGGCCAAAAGCUGCUGCUUA